AUGACGCACCCGUUACCGUGGCAGGGUGGAUUCUGGAGUUGGAUCGAGGGCGGGGCAUUCCCUUUGAGGGCAACUAUUCGGCCUGGCAUCAUCACCGCAAUCCCCUCUUUUGCCUUCUUCCCCUUGUCUCCCCUUGCAUGUGCGCAGGUGGCAGGGUGGAUUCUGGAGCUGGAUCGCGGGCAGGGCAUUCCCUUUGAGGGCGAAUACUCGGCCUGGCUCAUGGCUGGGGAGGGGCAGCAGGAGCAGCGGAAGCGACCCUUACCACAAUGCCUCUUUUCUCUCGUUCACUCCCCUGCCUUGAGUGCAGGUGGCAGGGUUGCAGGGUGGAUUCUGGAGCUGGAUCGAGGGCAGGGCAUUCCCUUUGAGGGCAACUACUCGGCUUGGCUUGAGAACAAGGCGCAGCGGCUGGCAGGGGAGGAGCGGCAGGAGCAGCAGCAUUCACCCUUACCACAACCCCCUUUUUCCCCUCUCCGUCUUCACCUGCACACAGGUGGCCGGGUCGCAGGGUGGAUUCUGGAGCUGGAUCGCGGGCAGGGCAUUCCCUUUGAGGGCAACUACUCGGCUUGGCUCGAGAACAAGGCGCAGCGCCUGGGGACGGAGGAGCGACAGCAGUCGGCGCUGCAGCGGGUUAUGGAGAGGGAGAUGGAGUGGAUUCGACAGAAGGCCAAGGGGCAGCAGAAGAAGGGCAAGGCGCGCAUGCGAGCAUACGAGGAGUUAGUGAUCCAAGCGGGCCAGUACUCGCGGGAGGAGAAGCUGGAGAGCAUGUUUCUGCCGCCGGGGCCGCGGCUGGGAGAUGUGGUGGUGGAGGCGGAGGGGGUGGCCAAGGCGUUUGGGGAGAGGGUUCUUAUGGAUGGGGUCAACUUCACCCUGCCGCCUGGAGGUAUUGUGGGAGUGAUCGGUGGCAACGGUGCCGGCAAGUCAACCCUUUUCCGCAUGAUUGUGGGGCAGGAUAGCCCUAAUGAGGGCACUUUGCGAGUGGGGGAGACGGUGGCGCCGCUCUAUGUCGACCAAUCGCGCGACGCGCUGGAUCCCAACAAGACGGUGUUUGAGGAGAUCACGGGCGGCGCAGAUGAGAUUUUGCUGGGCGAGCGCAAGGUGAACAGCCGGGCGUACUGCGCGUGGUACAACUUCAAGGGGGCGGACCAGCAGAAGAAGGUGGGCGUGCUGUCGGGCGGCGAGAGGAACCGCGUGCACCUGGCGCGCAUCAUGCGGCGCGGAGGCAACCUGCUCAUGCUGGACGAGCCUACGAAUGAUCUUGAUGUUGACACGCUCAGGGCGCUGGAGGACGCGAUUCAAGGGUUUGCGGGAUGCGUGAUUGUCAUCUCUCACGACCGCUGGUUCUUGGAUCGCAUUGCCACGCACAUCAUGGCCUUUGAAGGCGACUCCAAGGAUGUGUUCGGGGGGCUUGCGAGAUGCAUGAUGUGCAAGUUUUGA